GGAUUACCUGUGAAGUUGCCAGGUUCUAUAGAAGAAACACCAGAGGAAGCAGCAGGUUCUGUUCCAGGAUUACCCGUGAAGUUGCCAGGUUUUAUAGAAGAAACACCAGAGGAAGCAGCAGGUUCUGUUCCAGGAAUACUUGUGAAGUUACCAGGUUCUGUAGAAGAAAUACCAGAGGAAGCAGCAGGUUCUGUUCGAGGAUUACUUGUGAAAUUACCAGAAUUAGCUGAGAAGCUGCCAAGUUCUAUAGAAGAAACACCAGAGGAAGCAGUAGUUCAUGUUCCAGGAUUACCUGUGAAGUUGCCAGGUUCUAUAGAAGAAACAGCAGAGGAAGCAGCAGGUUCUGUUCCAGGAAUACUUGUGAAGUUGCCAGGUUCUAUAGAAGAAACAGCAGAGGAAGCAGCAGGUUCUGUUCCAGGAUUACCUGUGAAGUUGCCAGGUUCUAUAGAAGAAACACCAGAGGAAGCAGCAGGUUCUGUUCCAGGAUUACCUGUGAAGUUGCCAGGUUCUAUAGAAGAAAUACCAGAGGAAGCAGCAGGUUCUGUUCCAGGAUUACCUGUGAAGUUGCCAGGUUCUAUAGGAGAAACACCAGAGGAAGCAGCAGGUUCUGUUCCUGGAUUACUUGUGAAAUUACCAGAAUUAGCUGAGAUGUUGCCAGGUUCUAUAGAAGAAAUACCAGAGGAAGCGGUAGGUCCUAUUCCAGGAUUACCUGUGAAGUUGCUAGGUUCUAUAGAAGAAACACCAGAGGAAGCAGCAGGUUCUGUUCCAGGAUUACCUAUAAACUUACCAGAAUUACCCGAGAAGUUAAAAGGAGAAGCAUCAGAGGAAGAAACAGGUCCUGUGCCAGGAUUUCCUAUGAACUUGCCAGAGGAAGCAGCAGGUUCUGUUCCAGGAUUACCUGUGAAGUUGCCAGGUUCUAUAGAAGAAACACCAGAGGAAGCAGCGGGUUCUGUUCUAGGAUUACCUGUGAAGUUGCCAGGUUCUAUAGAAGAAACACCAGAGGAAGCAGCAGGUUCUGUUCCAGGAUUACCUGUGAAGUUACCAGGUUCUAUAGAAGAAACACCAGAGGAAGCAGCAGGUUCUGUUCCAGGAUUACCUGUGAAGUUGCCAGGUUCUAUAGAAGAAACACCAGAGGAAGCAGCAGGUUCUGUUCCAGGAUUACCUGUGAAGUUGCCAGGUUCUAUAGAAGAAACACCAGAGGAAGCAGCAGGACCUGUUCCAGGAUUACCUGUGAAGUUGCCAGGUUCUAUAGAAGAAACACCCGAGGAAGCAACAGGUCCUAUUCCAGGAUUACCUGUGAAGUUGCCAGGUUCUAUAGAAGAAACACCAGAGGAAGCAGCAGGUUCUGUUCCAGGAUUACCUGUGAAGUUGCCAGGUUUUAUAGAAGAAAUACCAGAGGAAGCAGCAGGUCCUGUUCCAGUAUUACCUGAAGGUCCUGUUCUGGGAUUACCAGAGGAUCAAAGAGGACUUGUGCCAGAAAAAACACGACAGGAAGCAGAAGGUCCUGUUCAAGGAUUACCUGUGAAGUGGGCAGGUUCUACAGAGGAAAUACCAGAGGAAGCAGCAGGUCCUGUUCCAGGAUUACCUGUGAAAUUACCAGAAUUGCUUGAAAGUUUACCAGGUUCUAUAGGAGAUGCAACAGAGGAACGAGCAGGUCCUGUUUCAGGAUUACCUGAGAAGAUGCCUGGUUCUAUACGAGAAGAAACAGAGAAAGCAGUAGGUCAAGUACCAGGAUUACUUGUGAAGUUUCCAAGUUCUAUAGGAGAAGCAGUGGACGAACGAGCAGGUCGUGUAACAGGAUUAUACGAGAAGUUACCAGAAUUACCUGAGAAAUUGCCAGGUUCUACAAAAGAAAUACCAAAGGAAGCAGCAAGCCCUGUUACAGGAAUACCUGUGAAGUUGCCAAGUUCUGUAGGAGAAGCACCAGAGGAACGAGCAGCUUCUGUACUAGGAUUACCAGAGAAGUUGCCAGGUUCUAUAGAAGAAAUACCAGAGGAAGCAGUAGGUCCUGUUACAGGAUCACACAUGAAGUUACCAGAAUUACCUGAGAAGUUGACAGGUUAUAUAAAAGAAACUCCAGAGGAAGCAGCAGGUCCUGUUCCAGCAUUACCUGUGAAGCUGCCAGAAUUGCCCGAGAAGUUGCCAGGUUCUAUAGGACAAGUACCAGAGGAAGCAACAGGUAUUGUAUCAGAAGUACCUUUGACAUUGCCAGGUUCUAUAGGAGAAGCACUAGAGAAACAAGCAGGUUCUAUACCAGGAUUACCUGAGAAGAUGCCCGGUUCUACAAGAGACACGCCAGAGGAGGCUGUAGGUCUUGUUCCAGGAUUGCCUAUGAAAUUGCCAGGUUCUAUAGAAGAAACACUAGAGGAAGCAACAGGCCUUGUUCCAGGAUUACCUGUGAAGUUACUAGAAUUACCUGAAAAAUUGCCAGGUUUUAUAGAAGCCGCAGAGGAAGCAGCAGGUCCUGUGAAAUUAUCAGAAUUACCUGUGAAGUUGCCAGGUUCUAUAGAAGAAAUACCAAGGGAAGCAGCAGGUCCUGUUCCAGGAUUGUUUGAGAUAUUACCAGAUUUACCUAAGAAGUUGCCAGGAUCUAUAGGAGAAACACCAGGCGAAGCAGCAGGUUCUGUACCAGGAUUACCUGAAAAGUUGCCAGAUUCUAUAGAAGCACUAGACAAACAAGCAGGUCCUGUACCUGAAAAGAUGCCAGGUUCUAUAGGAGAAAUACCAGAGGAAGCAGCAGGUUCUGUACCAAGAUUGCCCAUGAAGUUGCCAGGUUCUGUAAGAGGAACACCAGAGGAAGCAGCAGGCAGUGUACUAGGAUUACCUGUGAAGUUGCUAGGUUCUGUAGAAAAAAUACCAAAGGAAGUAGCAGGUCCUGUUUUAGGAUUGCCGAUGAAGUUGUCAGGUUCUGUAGGAGAAGCACCAGAGGAAGCAGCAGGUCCUGUACCAGGAUUAUCUGUGAAGUUGCCAGGUUUUAUUGGAGAAGCACUAGAGGAACGAGCUAGUUCUGUAGGAGAAACACCAGAAUUACCUGAGAAGAUGUCAGGUUCUAUAGAAGAAAUACCAAAAGAAGCAGUAGGUCCUGUUCCAGGAUUGUCUAUGAAGUUGCCAGGUUCUAUAGGAGAAGCACCAGAGGAACGAGCAGGUCCUGUACAAGGAUUACCCAAGAAAAUGCUAGGUUCUAUAGGAGAAACACCAGAGGAACCAACAGGCCUUGUUCCAGAAUUACCUGUGAAGUUACCAGAAUUACCUGAGAAGUUGCCAGGUUCUAUAGAAGAAACACCCGAGGAAGCAGCAGGUUCUGUUCCAGGAUUACCUGUGAAGUUGAUAGGUUCUAUAGAAGAAAUACAAGAGGAAGCAACAGGUCUUGUUCCAGAAUUACCUGAGAAGUUACCAGGUUCUAUAGGAGAAGCACCAGAGGAAGCAGCAGAUCCUGUUUCAGGAUUAACUAAGAAGAUGCCAGGUUCUAUAGUAGAAGCAACAGAGGAAGCAAGUCCUAUUAUACGAUUACCUGAGAAGUUUCCAGGUUCUAUAGAAGCAACUAAGGAAGAAGUAGGUCGUGUACCAGGAUUGCCUAUAAAGUUGCCAGGUUCUAUAGGAGAGUCACCAGAGGAAGCAGUGGGUCCUGUUCCAAGAUUGCCUGUGAAGUUGCCGGGUUCUACAGGAGAAGCACCAGAAGAAGUAGCAGGUCCUGUUCCUGGAUUACCUGAGAAGUUAUUAGUUUCUUUAAGAGAAGCAGAGAUGUGGCCAAGUUUUAUAUCAGAGGCACCAGAGGAAACAGCAGGUCCUGUUUCAGGAUUGCCUGUGAAGUUGCCAGGUUCUAUAGGAGAAGCACCAGAAGAAGCCAUUGGUCUUGUUCCAGGAUUACCAGAGAAGUUGCCAGGUUCUAUAGAAGCACCAGAGAAGCCAUCAAGUCCAUUACCAGGCGAAUCUGUGAAGGUACCAGGUUCCAUCAUAACUGUACCAAAAGAGUCGUCAUUAUUGCCUGUAAUACUUCCUGAUUCUGUAACAGAAAUGCCAGACCCAGGAUUACCAGUGAAGUUACCUGGUUUCAUACCUGUGCUAGGCUUACCUGUGAAGCUACUAGGAUCUAUAACAGAGACACUGGAAGAAUCAUCAGGUCCUAUAUCAAGUUUACCUGCAGAGCUACCAGUUUCUAUAACAGAACCACUUCAGUUGCUGAAAGGUACAACGACAGGAGGAUAUGUGGAACUAAAUCCUUUGCAAAAAUUAACAGGUUCUACACAAAGAUUAAUUGAACAACCCCAUGUCAUCUUAACUGAACUGCCUGUGAAAGUACCAAGUUCCAAAACAGAAUUACCUGUGAAUCUAACAGGUCUGAUUCCGAGAACACCUGUGGAUUUACAAGGCUGUAAAGGAAAACAACCCAUGGGACCAUCGACAUCAUGUGCUGCAUUCUAUGUAGGAUUUGUGCCAUGUUUAGUGCCUAUAAUAUUCACACCCUAUUCCUACUCAGUCCCCGUCGAGUCUGCCUCGAAGUCGGAGAUGAGAGUUCAGUCUACUGGCCUGCCUCUGUUGGGAUUAGGGAAAUACCCCGGUCCUGGCCGCGGUGCAGAAGUCUCCUCGUUAUCAGGAGAAGCCCAAGCACCUCCUUAUCUUCCCCUUUCUCCUGUUCAGCCCGAAGGACUUCUGGGGAUACCAGGAUAUCCAAUGCUCACUGGUACCAAAGACUCCUGUGCCGGAUAUUCCUGCCCAUCAACAAGUCCUCAGCCGUCAUAUCAUCCUUCCAUCAUCCUUAAUGUUGUUAUCCCGACGCCGCCGAAAUGAAUGAGUUAAUUAAACAGAGAACUGUACUUUGAUGACAAAAAUGUAUGGGAAUGGGAAUUUUACCUAGAAAGAUUAAAGAUCAUUGUAAACUUA